AUGCCAAAGAGUUUGCUAAGGCAGUGCACUCCUCUUUGCAAGGCCCCAACUUUGGUUUUGGACUGCGUGUGCCAAGUGCUGGAAAGAUUGCUAAGCGUGGAUACUGCCCUGAUGCUGCGAACACGUCGGUUGAACCGCGAGGCUCUUCAGGAUGGGGGGGUGGUGAGGUAUGUCAUGAUUGACUUGUCCGUUCAGGGUCAUUUUGAUUUUGAGCUGAUCCGGAUAACGUCCUUGAGAAAGAAUGCUUGCGCAGACCUUUUUGGUGCUGCGUUGGAGAGCAGCGAACUUUGGGGCUACUUGGAGAGGAUGGAAGAUGAGGUUCUGGCAGACACCUAUGAUCGGGAAGUUGAGCUUCAGGCUGAAAUGCAGUGCUUUGGAAUUGCAAGACUUUUGCCGUUCAAUCUUCGCAUUUACAUGGGGUUACACAACGUGCCUCCAGUCUUGGUGAGAAGGGUGUUGCCCUGGGUUGCACAUCUCGACACCGCCGCUGGCGCUGAUGACCGCGAUUUGGCACCACCUGUUGAGCACGAGGAAGACGCCCACGCGACAGUCAACUUCAGCAACUCUGUGGGCAUAGCAGGUCUAUUGCACAUCAUUCACAACUCAACUAUGGACUUGGGGAAGUCGAUGCUUUUUUUUGACGAGGCCGUCAAGCACUUGACGCACAUCUCAAAGCUGUUGUGCAAAAAGGAAUCACGCCAGCGUUUGCUUGAGACUUGCUUCUCUGACCGCAUCGGCAGGUACCUUCAAGCAGACGUCAAGGGCUUCAAGGCGAAACUCAAUCCAUCCCGUUGGGGAAGCCUUGCCCACUGUGUUGUAGAAGUUUUGAAGAUUGAAACAACCCUACGGUUUGGCUGGAAUUUGAACAAGUACGGCGCGGCCCGUGAUGCAGAUGAUGCAAGUGGCCAUGGCGUAGAUUUGACUGUGAUAGAUUCUGCGCUAACCUCACGAGAGUUCUGGGGCGUGCUGAGAAUGAUGGACUCCAUUGCGAAGGUUCUGAACUCAUGUUUGCAUUGGGUGGAGUCUUGUCAAUGCCACAGUCAUUGGCCGGAAGACGAAAUGCCCAAGAAAGUGAAACAACUAUGGGCCACUUGUCCCCUCAGAGGUUGUCGCGCGCCUGAGCUGGCGUGCGGUGAUUUUCAGGCGCUCAUGCGAAGUUUGAGUGGAACCAGCGCAUCAGAGCUCUUGGCGACAUUGCCGAGAGACAUAUCUCAAGAAUCUCGUGCUGCAAUCUUGCAGGAUUUCCAGCGAGGACGUGCCCAUUUGCUUUUUGUGGUCAACCUGAGAUUGGCUCACUGGAAGGAGGCGCCGUAUCUUGUCUUCGGCUGUGCCCAUUUGGACAGGCGAAAGUCAAGAGAGUGCCUCCGGAGAUGCAUUGCCAUGCCAGCUACCACUCCACUUCUUGCCACGUUGCAGCAGAAUCCUGUCAGGGAGCAGGUGGAUCGCUACUUGAACGGGGAGGAACUUGCAGCUGUGCCUGAUCUAGCGCAGUUUUUGGGCAUGCUGCGAUUUUGCCCCAUAGCAGAACGUGCUGUGGAAGGGGAUCAUGCUCAGAUUCACAAAAAGAUUGCCCUUGCCCGCAACCACACUCCAGCCUAUGUCAGCUUGGCUCGCCGCAUGAACAAGCUUCGAAGUGACACAGCGGCGCAACCGGAGAUCUUCAAGGAGUUGGCAUCUUUCUAUGAUCAGGUUCACAGUCCUGCAAGAGCUCUGAAAGCGCUUGGUUUGCAGCAUCACCCAUCCACUUUGCGCAUUUGUGGGUAUCGUGACCCAAUGCACAUGAAGAUAGUUUACCAUGCAGACCCGGCUACGAUGUACCAGCGAGAGCAGCCAUGGUCAGAUCUUGCUCCCCCUGCACCUCCUGACAGCGACAGGCUUCACCACCAACCUGCGCCUGAUGAGUCUGAAGCUGAUCCUUCAGAUCAGCCAGUGCCAGUGCAAGCUCAUGACAAUGAAGCACCGGUCGGUGCUCUGUCAAAGUCUUCAGAUAGCCAGCCUCCCCGCAGGGUCCGGGGAAAGCAGUCGGAUGUUCAUGCUGUUGAGUUGCAGUCGCGUGAUGAAGCAGUGGUGGCCUUGGGAUUGAACAACGCUCUGGUGCCCAUGACAGAUGAUGCUGUUUUGCAGCGGUAUGCUUUGCAGUCCAUGUCUGGGCUUCUGGAUGAUUCAACUUCAGUGUCUGACAAAAUCUACUCCAUGCCAUUCAGUAACCAGGCACUUCGAAGCUUGCGCUGGGCAGCCUGCCGGCAUUCAGACGAUGACCCUGUGCCGGUCUUGGAUUGGGAUUUAUUCAGCUUGCGAGGUCAUGUGUUUAUGCAGAUCAUUCGCAAAUCCGUUGGGAAGGUUGUUGUGCCUACCCGCACAGGUUUCUCCAACACCGACUGGGCGGUUUCCUUCUUGAGGGUUACGGCAGUGAAGCGGCUGGGUGCUGGCUUUGGCGUGGUUGUCAACUCGAGCCCUGUCAGUUUACAAGACUUGGAUUGCGACGAGUCUGCCACUCCUGUGGUACUCUGCCUGGAAGCUUUGCCUCUGGAGUCAUUGCUGGGCAUGAGGAAAUGGGAGAACACAAGCAAUCUUGCAUGUCAUCUAAGAGUGCCAGCAGACGAUCCUGACAAGCUUGCCUUUGAAGAUUCUGCGUGUCAGUCGUUGUUGAGUGAUUUGCUGGCAGCCGGUUCCUACACCGUUGCAGGCAACGACCCUUUGCACACCGAGAAGUCUCAGCUGUUGGAAAAGCUUGAAGCUCGGGACUGGGCUAGGCGUGACAAGGAUGGCGGCUGGGCAGUGACAAAGAAGGGCCACAGGCGCGUCGAAGUUGAGACCGUCUUGACAAGUUUGGGGAAAGUGUUCGAGGCUCGUGAUGUGGGGCUUCAGGACAUGGAAAUGGUAGAGCUGUUGUUGACUCUUCGAGAUCAAGGCUGGCACCACCAAGGGCUGGAGUCCAAGAGACUUUUGGACAAAGGCGCAGCGUAUAAGCUUGAAGAUGAGAAGAUUUGGUAUUACCUCAAGACAAACUCAUAUCUUUGCAAAGAUUACCUUCUCUGCCUGCUCAAAGCAGAACAGCAUGGCAGCCCUGUUCCACACCUUCAGCCUGCCAACGUGUACGCACAACUGCUAGGCAAGCCAGGGUCCACCCAAACUCGUCGCAGGAAAGAGAAUGCCUUGAUUUUCAUGGAUGAUGAAGACGUUUGGGUGGCAGAGUCAGCUCUUGUACCUGUGCGAGCUCCACGAAAAAGAGCCCGUCUUGGGGUUCAAUCGGCUCCUGCGUUGGAGGAUGCUGACGAUGCUGACAUGGGCGAAGAAGGCGUUGAGCACGAUGUUGUUGAGGCUGAGUCCGAGGCAGAGGCCCACGCUCCAGAGGAAGCUGCAGCUGGAGAGGCGGAACCCAGGCCAGAUGCAAGUUCCUCUUCAUCUUCUUCAAGCAGUUCUUCUUCUGGUUCCAGUUCACAAAGCAGUGGGGGGUCUGAUUCCUCAUCUUCUUCCUCCUCUUCAAGUUCCGAUAGCGAGAGCAAGCAGGGUGGCAAACGUGCUGGGAGGAGGGCAGAGGGUUUGACGAGAAGACGUGAUGUGGCCACAUCUUAUGGUCUCUGUCGCAUAACUCCCACAAAGACCGGCUUCCAGCUGACCUGUAAGCACCCCAAACAUGAUUCCGGUACUGCGGCGUGCACGAAAACACGAAGUUCCAAGAUCGAUGGUCCGGAGGUGACCUUGAGAAUGUUGAAGUUUUGGGCCCAGAAAGGCCGCCAUGUAUCUUCCAAGAAGGAACAUCAGGGCCGAUGCUGGCAAGAAGUUUUGAAGGCCUUCAAGAAUGGCACUCUGCCAUCUGAAGAAGAGUUGAAUGCAGCGCCCGUGAAGUCUUACCCUAAACGCUGA